AUGUCGGGAGAUAGCCCCUCCGACCGUAAAAGGGUACGAUUGGAUGAAGAGGCAGAGGAAGUGGAUGAUGUUGUCCCAUUAGAGCAGGAUGAGAACCAAGGUCAAGAGAAUGAAGCAGGACCAUCAGAUGAAGUAUUACAUGCGGCAAGACUUGCAAAAGUGAUACAGCAUCGACCGAAAGUAGGGCUACAGACAUUGAAAUUUGCUCUAGCAUGGAGUGCAACAAACAUAAUCGCAAUCACACGAUCGAAAAAGAUUACACUUGUUCAUCUCUUGGCUCCUUCUCGUGCUUGUCACAUCCAAACACCAGAAAAGGCCAGCAUACUAACGUUCAGUCCAGAUGGAAAUGCAUUGCUGGCAACCUUUCCGGAAAGUGCGACAGUUUCUCUAUGGACAUGCAGCUCAAAUGUGCUCAAUGAUUGGACUCUGCGUGGUGAAUGGAGACAAUUGGAAGGGAAAGUUCUUGAUGUGAAAUGGCUAAAUGCGGGCCGUCCUCGCACCCCUUCUAAUCUGUCGAAGAAAUCUUCAAGAGGGCCACAGAUGAAUGACAAAAAUGUUAUUGUUGCGAUUUUGGUAACCGACGUUGGGCUUGUCAAGAUCAUCCAAGGAAAUUUGCGACCUUCUUCCGACUUACGAACCUUUCAGCAUAAAAUCACACUUAACUCGCAUCAUCGACUACAACAGAUCAGUAUAGGUCUUGUACCCGACGAGUCGCUGGCAAUUUUGGCAUACACCCUCCGCUAUUCUUCAAAGGCCAACCUACCGCAUGCAUCCGGAGCUGGUGAUGCAUUGGAUAUGUUCUUUGAUGAUACAGAAGGAUCGGAUCCAUCUAGCGGAAAUGCAGCACCCAGCGAUGGACAGGAUCAAAUUGAGCUUAUGGAAGUGAAGAUUGAUUUACACCCCACCGAUGAUUCUCUGGCACUUCAAUCAAGAUCUUUACCGCCAGUCUUUACAGCAACAUUUGAUGGGCCUUCGAUGCCUAGUACGACGUAUCUGAAUCAACUAGCAUGGGUGGAUAUUGAAAGCACUGGAAAAGAUGAAGGUCCAAUUAUGCAAUUGUUUGCGUCAUUCUUUACUGAUUGUAAAACAACUUUGCGAACAUGGAAGAUCAGAAGGGAAGAGACAACUCGCCUGUCAGAAGCAUUUGCAAAGCUCGAAUCGGCAAAGACUACUAGUACCUCAAGCGAUGAAGAAGAAUGGACAGUUCAAGAUUCUGUAGAUCUCGUUGUGGAGAAUGAGCAACUUUCUGACUUUACGUCUUCUGCAUCGAUGGAGAAUCGAUUGGUAUGCACAUCCGUUGCAUCAUCGCGCUUUGAAAAGAUUGAGGAUACGCCAAAAGUGGAACCUAAGUACGAGGUGUUGAAUAUGGAGACGAUGAAAAGGAGGUCGAUAGAAGGAGAUGAUGGCCUCAGGACGAAAUGUAGAGAUAGCCUGUACAGGCCUGCAGUCUCACCUCAUGCAACGAUGAUAGCGGGUAUCGGAAGAGGUAGGAUCGUUCUUGCUUCAGUCACAGGAUUGUUGGAUGAAGCAGCAGAUGAUGUUUCAUUGUACAGUGCUGCAAUUUUGGACGGUCAAGAUCUUUCAGAUAUAAGCAGUUCUAGAGCAUUACCGCCGAUCGCUCAAAUUGCAUCACGUUUGAAACUGGGCCAGAAUCCCUCGUUCCCACACGCACUGAUGCUUUUGAGCUUGCAAGCAAGGCGAGAGAAGGGCAACGACGUUUCCCGUCACACAGAACGAACGAUGCUAGAGCUUUCAUCAGCAUUUCGAGUAGUUGCUGCUUCUGAUGCUACUGAUGGAUCUUUUCAACUAUCAAAAGUUUGGGCAAUUGUUGGGCAACUGAAUUGGGUAAUCAGUACUCUGGAAAUGACAGCGAGACAAGCACACCUAUUGGAUGUCAAAUUGAACGAAUCGUCCCCUGAAUCAACAGAUGCAGCGGAGCAGGAGAACGAUGACAAAGAGUUCGAAUACAUGGCAGAGGAAGAGCCAGACAUGCUUUCGUUAUUGACACUUGCCAUUCCUAGACAAUUGUUCGUCAAAACGAUUGUCAAAUUGGUUUCAUUUUACAAUUGGAUGGACGGUACGAUUGCGGGAAACAAAGUUGAUUCAAAAGCAGCUUUCAAAGCUUUGGCAAUACAGGCCCAACGACAAGCACAACCUGCGGGUGAAUUGAUUGCUUCGGGAGCAGCUGAACGUACGAGUGAGAUGAUGCAAUUAGCCCAUACAAAAAUGCGCGAGAUGAUCUUGCAAAGUGGUGUGGAUGUUUCGCAAUUCGGUCGCUUUUUGCGCUCGUAUGAUAGUGACACAAAUGAAAAUUCACAGAAAGAUCGUCAGCAACAAUGGUACACCAUGCCAACGGCACCGAUGGAAGAUCGGAAACGGUUCGCACGUGCGCUUUUGUCUUCUGAAUCCAUUCAAAACAUGCUCGAUCUAUUCUGUCCUUCUUCAGAUUGGACUAUCCCACCUUUAGGAGAUGAAAGUUUGGAUAUAUUCAAAUCAGAAAACGUUUCAACAAAUGUUGAUUUCUCUGAAAGUAGAAUGGUGAAUCAUGACAUCUUAACAAGGAUGAAAUCUUUAUCGUCUACCCGUCGCAAGAUCUGUCUCUCCUGUCAAGGUCAAACACAAGCAGAUGUUUCUCGUGGUAUUCGGUGUGUUUGUGGUGCACAUAGUUGGUGGAGUAGCAUUUGA